AUCCGCAGCGAAGGCUGUAAUGAUCCGGGAAAAACGCCAAAUACAUGUGGCAUUGCUUACAUAAAGGUGAAUGACAAUGAACACGCUAAGAAAAAGAGAGGGCAUAAUGUUGUUGUCCUGGAUGCUGUAACAGGUAAAGGACUUAAGUGGUGAAAUUUUUUAAGUGCCAAUAACAUUGAGAAAAUGAAAUUUUGAAAAAAAUCGACUACAAAUGAGUAGUUAUAGGAACUUAUUUUUGCAGCGUGUAAAAUGAGAAAAAAAAUUGAAAAUAGGCAUAUUAUUUCAUAAUAAUGCAAGAAAGAACUAUAUACGCAUAAAAUAGAAACCUUUUUGCCUGUUAUUCCGUUAAAUACCGAGAAAAAAAAUUUCAAUGCAGGAAUUGUGGAACACUCCGUCAGUUUCGAUACUCAUGGAAAUGGUGCUGCUGGAAACCAGUUGAAAGGCUUUCUUAACGGGAUUACUGGAGAGUAAGUACCAACAAGAGAAUAUCAGUUGACAUCCUCUCGGCACAAGCUUGUCUUGCAAAUUCCACUCAAAACUCAUGAGGGUGAAAUUUUAAAGAUCCCGCCCAAAAGUUGGCAUGAAAGGCUGAUAAGCAUUUGCCUCAGGUGUCAUACACAGGCAAACGCGCUCGAUCAUAAAAAUUGUGCGAUUAUUCGGCGCAAGGUUUGAACACAACAAGUCAGAUGAACAAGGAAAUAAGCGUGGACAUGCCACUGCUUUAAUCAGAACUGAAAUGGACCAGUUUACCCGUUCAAUGAAAAGGUUACUUUUAGUGGUAAAGUAAUAAAGGCACCAAAUGUUACUUCAAAUCCAUGUUAAGUACAAGUUUUUAUUUCAUUUUCUAUAGUUUUUGGUGUUUCUCAGAGAGAGAAACUAUGGAUGCAAUCGUAUUAACCAUGCGACCUUGAACACUUACCUCAUUGAACGAUUGCGCUGAUAAGCUAACCUUUGCCGUGUGAAACAUUUGCUACAUUUCCACAAUUUCCUUGUCCAUUUCAGCAAAAUAAUCUUAAUUGCAGUCCAAGACGAGGGCUCAAUACAUCUUAAACAAGCUUUUGACGCUUUGACAAGAGUUGGAGGCUACGAUCUGGGCUUUCUUGACUACCGAGGAUCAUAUGCUCUUGUCGGACACCCUGCACGUCAGAAGCCAUCUUAUGUUAAACAAGUACAGAGCAAGAGUGGGCAAGGACCAAGUGUGAUCUCCAUGACAGUUCCACUCAUGAAGAGUACGUUUUACAUAUAUUUGAUAGUUUUAUACCGUGAAAUAACAAGUAACCCCUGUGUGAUAUGUUUGUACGCAAGGUAAAAAGACAUGGAAUGAUGCGAGGAUUGCUCAUAAACUUCUUGCUAUUGCAAGCUUAAGGAGAGCUGUCUUUUCUUUUUUUCUUGGAUAAAAUCAUAAAACAGUUGUCUCGAUGAAUACUUCAGCCGAUUGUCACAAUUGCCCCAUGUACGAGGAGCACCAUGAACAUGCUGUGUACCCUUCUUAGUCCGUCUUAAGCUCUGUAUUUUAAAUGGGUUAUUGACAGAUACGGGACUGUACAAGGAAAAAUGUUUUUGAAUUUUUUCUUUAAAACUGCUAAAGAAUGGAAGUAGCUCCUACUGCGAAUGUCACAUUACCUGUAUUAUCAAACAUUAGAUAUUUGUCGUUUAUCAGUUCUGUAUGAACGUGUGAAUUGGUGUAGCUGAUUGUUUUUUCAUCGACAUUUUUUUUUUCGUCGAACAUGAUCUGAAAUUUUAUUUCGAUUUUUCGUUGGUGAUUGGCGAGCAUUCAUUCUGCGCUUGCAAACCUCUUAGAGACUGAUAUUAACCUUCGAUGCUAACGAGUGACCUACUCUUGUCGUUUUGUUUAUAGAUCCUUUUGUAGAUAUCGAUAUCCGCAGCGAAGGUUGCAAUGAUCCCAAUAAGACACUAGACACGUGUGGAAUCGCUUACAUUAAAGUCGAUGGAAAGGACCACUCCAGUCAUCUCAGAGGACAUAACGUUGUUAUUGUGGACCAGAAAACAGGUAGAAACCAUCACUUAAAAGAGGAAAAGAGCCUGGAUAGUUAUAAACCUAGAAGAGAUCUAAAGAUUUUAUGACAAAGUUCGUCAUUUUGUCAUUAAAACUCUGGCCAGACUCGGGGAUUGAGGUGAUUAGAUUGUGCGGUUGCAAAAUGAAUGUGAUACAGCGGCAAUGAUCAAUCACGAUAAAAUAACUCAUAGAACAAGUUGACCUAUCAUUUUUCUGUGAAUUGUCACGUUUUUGCAUUGGAUGUGUGGGUUUCUUCAAUUGAUUAUAUUCAACGUGAAAAUCUCGAGAAUACGCGUCUAAUAAUGCCAAUUUCUUUCUCUAUAUGCAGCUAGUGUGCUUAAAUCAGAAGCCUUUGAUACUCAUGGGGAUGAGUCAGCGGGCAAUCGUUUAGGAGUUUUUCUCGACGCCCAGGAAGCAGAGUAAGCAGUUUUUUUGGCUUUAGUUUAGUUUAGUCUUGUUUUAUAAAUCAGAAAACGGACCAAUUUAACCGUUUAAUGAAAAGGCUAAUUUUAGUUAAAGUAAUAAAGGUGCCAGAACGUUACUUCUAAUCCAUGUAAAGAACAUGUUUUCAUUUUCUAUAGUUUAAAUGUUUAACAGUGAGUGAAACCCUGGAUUUAAUCGUUUUUACUAUGCCAUCUUGAAGACUUACCUCUUUGACAUGAUACGAUUGCACUGAUAAGCUAACCUUUGCCGUGUGAAACAUUUGCUACAUUUCCAAAAUUUUCUUGUCCCUUUCAGCAAAAUAAUUCUGAUUGCAGUCCAAGACGAGGGCUCGAUACAUCUCAAACAAGCUUUUGACGCUCUGAAAAGAAUUGGAGGUUACGAUCUGGGCUUUCUUGACUAUAGAGGAUCAUAUGCUCUUGUCGGACACCCAGGAGAGCAGAGGCCAUCUUAUGUUAAACAAGUACAGAGCAAGAGUGGGCAGGGACCAAGUGUGAUCUCCAUGACAGUUCCACUUACGAUAAGUACGUUAUACAAUUAUUAAACAAUACUUGUAUGUGAAAAACUUAAAUUUUCCUUAUGCGAUACAUUUAUACGCGAGAUAGAAACCAUCUUGACAUGAGUUCGAGGAUUUCUUUAGGUUUCUUGGAUAAUAUGACCUCCAACUAAUUUUUCCGAUGAAUGUCUCAGCAACCUAUCGUUUUAGCCUAACACAACGUCACUAAGCACAUCCUUAAUUUCAAAUCUAAGUUUCCGUAAUUUUAAAAUGAAAUUGGCAAUCUGCAUGAUUGUCACAAUCAUGGAAUGAAUUCAUAUCAGAGAUAACUCAUUUAACGUAAACAGAAUGUUAUUGUUUGUUUGAAAAACUUACUCAGUGGUAAUGCCCAAAGAGCAUAAUGAAAAAUCUUGGUAAGCAAACUUCAUCUUUUAGAUGCUGUGUGUUUAUAAUAACUGCCAGUAAGGCGAUAUCGAGAUUGUUUGCUGUGUCGUUUCUAAUUGAGACUAAUCCCUGUUUUAUCUUAUGUGGGUAAUUUGAGAUCUAAACGAGUCAACCAACAAUGCGUGCAAGGAAGGAAUCCCUUAGUCAAGUCCUAUCCAUUGAAGAUCCACAAUACUUUGUUUGUUUUAAAACGUACCAUUCUUUCUUCCGUUUCCCAUUUAUGAUUCAAAGCACGUUUUCUUUACUCUCGAACUUGAAGUUGAAUUCGUAAUUGCUUUUGAUGUGACCAAUCUUUUUUCUUUGUUUUUGUUCAGGCGUCAUUGACGAAGGGGACGACAAAUGUGAACCCAAUAUCGUUUGACAUCCAUUGCAUGUAACCAGCUGUCGUCAUACAUCUCAAAAAAAUGCAAAAAAGACAAAGAUACAUGUAUGAAGCAUUAAGAUUGUAAGGUAAAUAAAAAUCAAAAGGUUACUUGCUUUUUUUCUGUUCCAUCAUACUUGUUUCAGAUGGCCAACUUCAGUCUAGUUCUUUCUUUUCAUUUCUUCCCCUCAUUUUGCACUUAAACACAAUUGGACCGAGGCUGGCUUGAAUUCAAUUACGAUCAUUUGCGUUUUGAUCUUUCCACUUUUUCCACGUGGCAAUUUGUCGUCUUAAGCUAAAAUCAAAAUUUCACACUGCGUUACCUCAAUUUGAUGCGUUGACUAACCUACGUUGUUCAAACUCGCGAUAAAAUGAUAGAAGACCUGGAAAGGCCCAUGGUGCCUUCAUGAGCUAAAUUAAUUUCGUCUGAUCUUCAUUUUUGACGUUAUAUUCAGUGCAACAUAAACUUGAGAACAAGAUUAUUAUCUAACAAAUAACAGAUAACUUGACAAAUGGAACUAACAAAUAUGAACAAAAUCUACUCUGGACAGAUACUUUGAUCAUUUGAAAAGUUCCUCCUUCCCUUCUGUCCCAAAAUUUAAUAGAUCCUUAUGAUUGGACUAUUUAGUUUUUUGAUAUUUUACGUGAACAAAGUUGUAAAUUAAAUUUCCCAUUUUGCUUCUUCUGUUGGGAAUUAACUGUCUGACUCUCAGCUCAUUAGCGCUCAGCUAAAGCAAUAUAUCUAUAUGUAUGUUGCUAGUUUUAUGAUUGGGCAAAUCGGUGUGCGCACCUAGAACAGACGCUUUUAUAGUGUACUUUAUUCCUCUACCAAAAAAUCGCAUAAUCGUAUACCCUUGUGUCUGUACACUGCGCAAUUUUUCAGAAAAUGUUGAAAUAUUUCGUUUUCAUUCCGUACAUGUGGUCAGACUGGACGACAAUCUCAGAACGAAACCGAUGUCAACAUUAAUCAGAUUAAGUCAACAUUGAUACCAAACAAUUCAUUGCAUCCAAGAAAAUACCGUUUCAUAAAGAUCUUGGCCUUCCUCUGAUGAUACACUCAAGGCAAAAAAGGCAAAAUCCAGCAGAAUUGAUCAAUAUUAGAAGAAAAUUUGGGAAUAUAUAGUGUUAAACUGCCUACUGUGGUAAUGCAGAGGCAAAGAAGAAAGUGCAAAAUAAUUCUAGUAAGCACAUAUUCAAAUUUUAUCGCAAAGCGAAAACUGGAGGAAAAAUAUAGACGCUUAAUAUUCGAUUUAUAUUUAUGAAAACGUUAGAAAAAAAAAAGUGUCUGAGGUAAUUCAGGGCUAAGGCUGUUUGUGAGUGACAGAAAUACAAUGCCAACCUCUCACAGACUCAAUAUUCAAUUCAGAAAUGUUAUGAUAGAUUUUGACCUUUUUUUUAAAUCUAAACAGCAGGGCAUUGUAUGAAACCCUUGGGUCUGUGAUCUAUCAAACUCUCUUACUUGUCUUGCUACUCAUCUUUUGACAGUCUCCUUCUUUAGUCCACUCACGUUUUGUCGACUUGCAAGAGGAAACGAAUAUGUCAAUCGGUUCUCUGCUUAUACAAAUAUCUCAUAAACACUUGAUGAACACUUAGAUGAAUUUUUCAACGCGUAGGUUUUUCUGAAAUGUUCACUCUCUGAGUUUCUUUUCACGCCGCUACUCCAUAGGCAUGAAAUAUAAAAUGGAAAUAACAAAGUUUAUUCAAAGGUAACCAUCAGCGAUUGAUUGUUGAAUUUAAUUGUGUCAAAAAACUAAAUGAACUUCAUUGUAUUCAGGUGGAUUCAAAGUAAAAGUGCAAAAGAGCACGAUUUUCGGUCAAUAGGGAACUUAAGCAAACUUCGACGGCGAAGACAACGAGAACAUGGAAAAACAAAAGAUCUGAUUGGCAGAACAAUAGCUCAGCACGUGCGUUUUAAAACUUUGUACAUUUCUUAGCCGUCCUAUGCAAAAUAACAACGUGAAAUCACCACAAUUUGCGUCGUCUGCGAACCGAAACCGCGACGGCAAAUUAUUUUAAUUUCCAUUUGGAACUCAACUCUUCUUUUAUACGUUAUGCUGAAGUUGAGAUGUGGCGCUGUAUGAGUCGAUAAACACAUGGCAGAAAUUCAUUAUUUAAUCGAGGUCUUCCUUGGCGUUGCCGUCCUGACUGCUUAAGGUCCCUGACAUUUUCGUGUCGACGGCCUUGAUAUUGCUCUAAUGUAAAUAAAGCUAAAACCACAUGUCGUAAUUAGCCCAAUUCCUUGUUUCCUCAGCUUUCUGAAUUCAUUUCCUUGUAACUCCCUGAUGACACGUGCUCAAAGAAGAGCGUAAUCCACAGAGAUCAAAAAAUUUAUGUCACUUAACUAGAUCUUUGCGCUAAAAGAGAAUUCUAUGAUUUUCUGCUUAGCGCAUUCCAAAUUGCAGUUGUGAUUCAAUGUAUAAAAAUCUUUUAACGCAAAAACAAACAGCUGAUGUUAAAUUAAUUUUGUUUUUAGAUAUUUAUUUAGUUGUUGGACUAUGUAAAUCAGACACUCUCAAUUCAAAUUACACAGUAUUUUCUUAAGCCGCACACUUGAAGAAAGUACUAGACGGGCUGUUGGACGUUUUUCCGAGGAAAGAAUCGAUAAUACACUUCAUAGAGAAGCAGGAAAGGUAAUUGAUCUCAGGUUUUUUUUUCUAAUUUAAAUCCAAUCCAAAAGUAAGAAUACAUCUUAAAGAUAGGUGCUCACAAUGCGAAAUCGUGUGAAUUUUAGCACUUAAGUUCCAUUUUCUUCACUGUUUUUAACUACUCUAAAACAAUCAGCAAUUAAAUGUACUUUGUGUAGAAAUGUGAGCAAUGAAGCUGUCUUUAAUAUCAAUUAUUUUAUUAAAGUUGGAACUCGAAGCCCUAAUAAUAAUAACCGAACAAAUGACAGAGAUAAAAAAUAGCAAUUAUAACAAAAAAAAUUAGGUUUAAUUUGCACUAUUACCUCUGCGCUAUUCUAUUUGUUUAUUCUAAAGUUAUCUAACUCCGAGUAAAAGGAUGGGAUUUUUUAUAACUUACUUUUUUAAAUCCGUCGAAAUCAAUUUCAAAAUUAUUUUUAAAAGUUACCUCUACAUAUCUGCAUGUGAUGGAAAAUGGACAAUUUAUCCUUUGCGAUAAUUAUCUCAACAAUAACACAGCGCAUAUAUUUUAUCGUCCUCCCUGAUGAUGCCGUAGAACGGCGAAAGCUCGGAGUGAAUAAAGAAAGAACCACAGUAGCACUUAAAGGCUUCAUUUGAUCAAUAUCCCAUAUCUCAACAAAGUUAUUCGAAUAAUGAAAUCAUCUAUCGAAUUUCUGUAGAUUGCUAAAAAAAUUAGGAGCGCUUCUGUUUAAUUUUUUUGUGAGGUGUAGCCUCAAUAUUGAUCAGUUAAAAUUUACAAACAGAAUUCAACAGUUUAAAGACAAUGAUGCCCCUAAGUUUACAGUAGAUUUAUCUGCCGCGAAAUAAUACUGUUUACGGAGAGAGUUUUAAAUCAAGUCCUAUGCGAUAGAUUAUAUUUGUUUUUCGCAGGUAUUUUUAAGUUAAAUCAACUUUAAACUUAGCAAUAUUAUUCAUUUGUUGAAAUUAACUAAGUAGCCAGGCUUUAUCUCAAAUAAGAAAAUCUUAACCUUUUGGGAAAAUCGAUCGAGUAAUUUCCAAAACCGUCCCCAAAAACUGUUAAAUAAUGAGAUUUCCCUAUAAAAUUAGCAUAGUAAAAGCGAUUGCCAUGUCACGCCCACUAUUUCACAAUUUUUGAGAAACGUGCGCACUGUUGCAAAUUUUCAAUCCAAAACUCUUACUAAGGUCCUGAACUGAAGAUUCUUUCGUCAAUCGAAUGCUAGAAACUGUUAAAAGUUUACAUUAUACCUAUCGACGGGAUAAAAUAUCCAUCAAAAAUAAUUUUAAAAUUGCCAUUUCGAGGAAUGAAGAUCAGUGUUAACAACUGAGUCUGGAUUCAUUUACAGGAUGAAAAAAUUCCAAAGUUUUCCGGAACCAAUCACAUCGUACAGUUUUUCAAAGUUUUGUCAGAACAAGCAGGCAGAAAAAUUGAUCAAUAUGAAAAUACUUCCCCAUUACCUACACUUACACCCCUCCAUUUCAGAUACAAUAUGUGUUAGUGCAACUGCAUUCUCUUCUGUGCUAUACAUAGGUGUUGUCGAACGUAUAAUGAAGCUGCUCUUUGCCUCGUUGGUUGCUCUGAUAAUUUCAGAUGUUUUCACUACACUCGAAGGUAAAAUUUUUAGUCUUAACUAACUCUACUGUUGGUAAAAUGUCCGCACGGCCUCAUGCCUCAUUCUGCCCACAGUUAUUGGAUAGAGAAAUUUUAAAAAAGUAGCGUGAACAAUGGAUUGCCUUAGUUAAAUAUCAGUACAGCGUUAUACGGAAAUCUUGUCCUACUCUCUGCUCUAAAUAAUCUACUCUUUACUAUUUUUUUAAAAAUAAUUAUUUGGUAUUUGUUACGUAAAAUGUAAAGUUGAUAUUUAAGGGCAAGAUUUCCAUAUAGCCCUACCCCAGCUACAUUUGGAGUUUUCUUGAAUAAAAACACCAUGGGGAAUAAAUUUGUUUGCCUUAAGGACGAACUUUUUGUUUAAGAAUAAGAUGGAGUUAUGCGGAAAUCUUUCCUACUUAAGAAGUAGUUGUUAAAAUAAGUUUACCUGCAGUGCAUCUAACUAAUUCAGGUUUAUGAUGCUUAAUUUUUUCCCUUUAAAAGGAAUUCAAUCGAGUGUUCAUCCUGUAAAUUCGUUUUUUCGUAAUUUGUAGGAAAACCACCUACCGGGCGUUCUUUCUUGAAACCUCGUAAGACAAGUUGUUAUAUUGUUAUAAUUAACGUUGUUUGCCCAUUCUGUUGUAUACUUUACAAUAGGGAAUUUUGAAAGACGCGGAAACUCGUGAAUGUGUAGAUGAGCUGUUUAAGGCUAUUUUGUUCUUUUGUAAUCGUUUUAAGUUAUCUAGGGGGGAAAUUUCAAGAGUCAACAUAAAAGUCAAACGAAAAUCAAAAACUCGCAUUUAAAGUGCUUUGGGUGUUUUGUAAUUCCUAAUUUGACUUUUUGUUGUUGUUGGUUGUUGUUGCUUUUUGCGCUGGUUGAUAAGCACAAACAUCUCGUUAAACGAUGCUAUGAUCUGAAAAAAAGGCUCAAACAAAUAGCGCACGUCUGGUGAUUCACAGUCGUUCUAGAGGUUUCACCGCAAAAACACUUGUUUUCUCCUACUUCCGGCAAUUAUCUACUGAUAUAUCACCUUAGCAAAGAGGUUUAUCCACCAUUAAUAUAUACGGAAACAGUAAAUGGUUUUGAAAGCGCGCUCUGAUUGGCUUCUCAAACUACGAAUAUCCUUUGCCAUUUACCUAGGAGCAACAAGCGCGGAAUUUGCGCUCGAAAAUAUUUUUAUUGUUGCAGGAAUAAAUGAGUAAAAACCGUCUUGGUGUGCUAUACUAUAUCACUGUUUUGGUCUUCACUGAAACGAAUAUUUAUCUAGAAGCGGCGAGGUAAAUAUCCACCGCUAGUUGCCUCAAUUUCGGUAAAUGGUUGCUAAUUACAUUUAAAAUCCAUCUGGUUUGAUUCUUUUGUUAUCUAUUUCAGGCAUUCUUUCGCGAGGGCGUAGAGCUGUACCAGACGGUAACUUUGCUUAAACGUACAUUGUUUCACAAACUUUCUUUUACAUUUUCAACGAUGCCAUGACUGAGUUUCUCAGUCAAAAAGUCGUUAAUCCAAGUUCUAAGCCCCAUUCUUUAGAGUCAGAGAACAAAUAUGACUGGGCAAGGGCCCUCUUCACUCAAACACGUUUACGCAGCAUUCAAUUCAUUCAGCUUUGUUCCACUUAUCCCAUGUAGUACUCCAAUUGGCGCAAAACUGAGACGAAGUAAAUUAUUGUUAGAAUAACCCGUCACUCGGAGAAAGUUCACCGCUUCUAUCUUUACCGAUGCAAAGAAUUGUUUCAUCGUCUGUUUUCUUGUUGUUUGACAGUUUCUUCGAUAAGAAUAGACAUCCGUAGCGAAGGCUGCAAUGAUCCGGGAAGAACGCCAAAUACAUGCGGCAGAGCAUACAUUAAGGUGAAUGACGUUGAACACUCCAAGAAAAAGAGAGGGCAUAAUGUUGUUGUCGUGGAUGCUGUAACAGGUAAAGGACUUAAAUAGUGUUUUUUAAGUGCAAAUAACAUCGAAAAUUUGAAAUUUGGAAAAAAGAAAUAGACUACAAAUGAGUAGUUAGAAGAACUGAUUUUUUGCAGCGAGUCAAAUGAGAAAAAAUAAUCGAUCGAAAAUAGACAUUAUUGCACAGCAAUACAAAAAAGCACCAUAUACGUAUGAAAUAAAAUCCUUUUUGUCUUUUACUCCGUUAAAUACAAAAAAAAAACAAUGUUCCAUGCAGGAAUUGUGGAACACUCCGUCAGUUUCGAUACUCAUGGAAGUACUGUCGCUGCAAACCAGUUGAAAGACUUUCUUAACGGGAUCGCUGGAGAGUAAGUACCAGCAAGAGAAUAUCAGUUGAUAUCCUCUUGGCACUAGCUUGUCCUACAAACUUUCAUCUUUUUGCCUUUAAAAAUGAUAUUUAACAUGGGCCAGAUCUUGAAAUUUUACGCAGAAUCUAUUAUCAUUAAUGUGACCCUCUACGGGAUUUCAGGGAAUAAGGUGAACGCACGCACAAAGCACGUUAUGACACGCUCGCACGCUAAUGGCAUGACACGCUUACCAUGCAAAUAUGCGCAUAAAAACAAUUGAUUUUAGAAAGCAUGUUGUAGCCUUUGUCAUAUCGGGCUAACACGGUAGAGCUCUGUUUCUCUAACACGCUAGAUUUUCUUUUUUAACACGAUAGGUUCCUUUGUUCCUUAAUACGCUAGCUUGCCUUGUAUAACCCAGCUUACAUUGUUACUUGUGUUUGUCAGCUUCUUAGUGGGAAUGGUGUUUGUACAGUGUAUUACUUAAAAAAUAUAGGAGAAAAUGAAGACCUUCUGUCCUCUCCGAAAGUUGUGAUAAAAAAGGAAACAUUCACGGCAAAUCACGGCUCUUUCCCCCAGGAUUUUCACCGGGAAUUCAGUGAGCACGAAGUGUUUCACAAGGUCCAGAGGAGCUCAGUUUGAACACAUGAAUUUCUUUUUUAUAACUUAAUUCUUACCUUGUAAUAUAUAAAUCCUUUUCGCUUCACGAAGUUAAUAAGCCCAGUACCGGAUCUUUGUGAAUCAUUUCGCAACAGAUAUCCGACUCCUUGUCCCCUAAGCGGUCGCUGUUCGUCACUCUAAGUAAACCGGCAUUUCUUAAAUAAAGAGCCGCUAGUUAGCCGGCGCAAAACGAAGCUUGAUGGACAACAAGUCGAAAUAUUCCUUUACGUUUGGCGAAUUAGUUGCACUGGAUACUGAGUAUCGUAUAUCGGCCGGGCGCAUCGGUGAGCUAAAAAGCCUUAAAGCUUAGGACGUACUUCUUGCACAAAUCGAAAGCAAGUUUAACUUUAAGAAGCAUGUUCUAAAAUUGGCACGGUCACCGUGUUAUAUCGUGCAAAGUUGCUAGCAAUAUCUUAACAAGUUCCUUUGUUUCUACCGUGCGAAGCAAGACAAUGGCUGCGGAGUUAAUGAGGCAAGCAACUUACACGCAGCUAACGUGUCAAAAGCUCGUUCUUUUGUUUUAGCGUGUUAGUGUACCGUGAGCGUAUGUUCACCUUAUUCCCUGAAAUCCCAUGGAGGGUCACAAAUAUAAACAAGUGGUCCUAAAAUCUCAUCCAUUAUACAUUAGCAGGAGUAAUGGGCUCCUGACAUUAGGGAGAAAUUGAAAGAUAUCGGGCCUAAAUGUUGGCUUGAAAGGCUGAUAAGCAUUUACCUCAGAUGUCAGACGCAGGCAAGUACAACCAAUCUUAAAAAAAAUUGGUGCGACACACAACUGUCAUUUGGCGCAAGAUUUGAACACAACAAGGCAGACGAACAAGGAAACCGACCUUGAGUUGCCACUGCUUUAAUGAGAAAAUAGUCCUUGACCAGAUUACCCGAUCAGUGAAAAUGUUAAUCUUAGUGGCAAAGUAAUAAAAGGACCAGAAAGCUACUUCAAAUCCUUUUUAAGUCAAAGUUUUCAUUUUCUAUCAUUUGAAUGUUUCAUAGUGAGUGUGAAACUCUGGAUUUAAGUGGUAUGCGACCUUGAACACUUACCUCAUUGAUACCAUACAAUUUCACUGACGUGCUCACCUUUGCGGUGUGAAAUUUUUCCAUUUUAGCAAAAUAAUCCUGAUUGCAGUCCAAGACGAGGGCUCAAGAUAUCUUAAACCAGCUUUUGAUGCUCUGAUGAGAAUUGGGGGCUACGAUCUGGGCUUUCUUGACCACAGAGGUUCAUAUGCUCUUGUUGGAUACUCGAGGGAGAAGAAGCCAUCGUAUGUUCAACAAGUACAGAGCAAAGGUGGCAAAGGACCAAGUGUGAUCUCCACCACUGUUCCACUCACGAAGAGUACGUUAUACAUAUAUUUGAUAAGUUUUAUCCAGUGAAAUAAAAAGUAACCUGUGCGAUAUAUUUGUACGGGAGAUAGAAAGAGCUUUUCAUGGAAUGAUGCGAGGAUUGCUCAUAAACUCCCUACUAUUGCGAACUUAAGGAGAGCUGUCUUUUCUUUGUUUCUUGAAGAACGACAUUGAACAAUUCUCUCAAUUUCUCGAUGAAUGCUUCAGCCGAUUGUCACAGCUGUACGAUUUACAAAGAGCGCCAUGGACAAGCUGUGUACCCUUUACAGUCUGCCCUAAGCUCUGUAUUUUAAAUGUGUUAUUGACAGAUAAGAGAUUGCUCUGUAUUUUAAAUGUGUUAUUUACAAAUGAAAGAAACUAAAAAGACCUUUGGAACCCUAUCGUAAGAAAAAUAUGUAUCAUUAAAUUUCAGAACUUGUCGUUCAUCAGUUCUAUAAGAACGUUUAAAUUGGUGUAACUGAUUGUUUUUCAAUUGAGAACUAUUUUGUUUCGUCAGAUAUGGUCUGAAAUGUUAAUUUGCUAUUUUGUUUGUGACUGGUGCAGGUUUAUCUUACUCUUACCAACCUAAGACAGACUGAGGGUGGCCUUCGUUGCUAACGAGUGACCUACUCUUGUCGGUUUGUUUACAGAUCCUUUUGUAGAUAUCGAUAUCCGCAGCGAAGGUUGCAAUGAUCCAAAUAAAAAACCAGACACGUGCGGAAUCGCUUACAUUAAAGUCGAUGGAAAGGACCACUCCCUUCAUCGUAGAGGACAUAACGUUGUUACUGUGGACCUGAAAACAGGUAAAAACCACUACAUUAAAACGGAAAAAGAGCUUGGAUAGUUAUAAUCUAGAUAUAUUAGUAUAGAUAUACUAGAUAUAUUUAGAUUUUAUGACAAAGUUCGUAAUAUUUGUUGUUAAAACUAUGCUUUGGCAUUGGCCAGACUCGGGGAUAGAGGUGAUUAGAUUGUGCGGUUUCAAAAUGAAUGUGAUAAAGUGGCAAUGAUUAAUCAGGAUGAAAUAACUCAUAGAAUAAAAAAGUUGACUUAUCAUUUUUCUGUUAAUUGUCACGUUUCUCCACUGCAUGUACCUGUUUCUUUGCGACAGGAAUGAUGCCAGUUUCUUUUAUCUUUAUGCAGCUAGAGUGCUUAAAUCAGAAGCCUUUGAUACUCAUGGAGAUGGGUCAGCGGGCACUCGUCUAAAGGAUUUUCUCAACGCCCAGGGAGCAGAGUAAGCAGUUUUUAGGCUUAAGUUUAGUUUUAUUUUUUGAUAUUGGCUAUCGCUGUAACUUGAAAGCCGACAAUAACAGCUUUAACAUCUUUUAAAUCCCAUACAUUUAUCAAAGAGUAGUGUGCUAUCCUUAAGCCAUGUGAUAUUUCUUGUUUAGUAUUCAAACCUCUCUGAUGCAAACAUAUUUUACCAACAUUCUCGGCUGAAAAACAGCGUUUUUGUACUUAUUCUUUGUUUUUCAGUCAUUGCGUGUUUUUGCUUUUCUUUUCAGUAAAAUAGUCCUGGUCGCCGUGCAGGAUUCGGCCGCCUCGCACGUUGGAGUAGCUUUAGACUCUCUCAGAAGGGUUGGUGCUAUUGAUCCUAUCCUGGUGGAAUUCCGAGGAUCUUAUGCUCUGAUUGGCACCCCGGAUGCAAAUAAGCCCCCAUGGGUCACACAGGAUCAGCACCCUAGAUACAAAGGACCGAGUGAGAUAUCCAUAAGAAUUCCUCUCUCAGGUAAAAAAAAAAAAAGCUAUUCCCGCGCAACAUUUGAUUUCAAAUGAGACUUUCAUUUUGUUGCUGCAGAGUAUUUGCCACGGAUGAGUGCAUGGUGAAACUCAAAAUCAUCGAUUUUCCAGGACAAUUGAGUUUAAUCGCAUUUAAACAUUUUAGAUUGUCAGAAGGCACUUGGGAUGGAAAAUUAUGGAAUACCCAACGGAAAAGUGCGAGCAUCUUCGGAAUGGGACUCCAACCAUGCCGCCAUUCAAGGACGACUCCAUUACAAACCACCUCGCGGCAAACAAGGAGCAUGGUCAGCACGACAUAACAAUAUAAAUCAGUGGCUUCAAGUUGAUCUGGGAAGUGCGUUCAUCAAAGUAACGGGUGUCGCAACUCAAGGAAGAUACAACUAUGACCAGUGGGUAACGAAGUACAAGCUGCAAUACAGUAAUGAUGGUGUCACCUUCACCUACUACAAAGAACCUGGACAAACUGCAGACAUGGUAAAAAAGAAUAAGACAUUCAAGUUGAUUCAUAGGGUUGCUUUAGUUUCUCUCUUACUCUUACGAAUUUAUCCUCCGCUUUUAACCUUUAUAUUUUCGCUAUUUUCCUUGAAUGAUCAUCAUUCCUACCCCUAAUCUGCUGCACAACUUCGUUUCCGCGACUAGUUCAACAGCACUCUCAGUCCCUGUAUUUAUCGCUAUUUAUUUUUAAAUGAAGAGAUGCUCUUCCGAUCCUUCUCUUUUAGGUUUUUUCUGGAAACACGGACCGGAAUACAGUUGUCUAUCAUUUCCUUAACGCACCAGUUACGGCUCGUUAUAUCCGUUUUCGACCAGUGACUUGGUCGGGGCAUAUCUCAAUGAGAGUCGAGUUGUAUGGUUGCUCAGGUACUGUGAUAUGUAAUAAGCCCUCCGGUAAAUGCAUGAUGCAAAGUACAUGUGGCGUAAAUAUGGAAUACUUCAUGGAUAGGCUGUCCGUGUGAUAUUUAAGCACGAGUUGAUUUCGAAAAUCAAACGAAUGAGACUUCUGCUACAAACCUACGAGUGCGUAAAAUACCAUACGGACAGACUUUCCAUGGUGUAGUACAUUUUUUAUGAAAAUAAGGAAAUUUAAUUCUUAUUUAACAUUUUAUUUCUAAACAGAUUGAAUUCAAAGGCUCAUAAAUCGUUCAUGAUCGAUGAAAUAAUACAAAUCGCCUUUCCAAGGGAAAUAAUGCAAGACAUUAUCGACAGUUAGCGAAGAAUGUGAAGAUAGCACUCAACACUUGAAGCAAGGCAUCCUAAGCUUGAGUGUUGAUUUUCAUCUAUCCUACACAGUAACUUUAAGAAAAAAAUCUUUAGUCUAACCAAACCAGGUUAGGGGCAUUAAAUUUAUUGUUUUUAGUCGCGAUAAGAUGCAGAGCAGUUGAAGGCCUGUCACAUCUCCAGAAAGGGUUUGGUAGUAUAAGAAAAAUGUCUUUUUUCGGCUCAUCUCAUUUUAAGCAUGUUUUCCACUCAUUUAUAUCGUGAGUUGAUUUCCUAAAGUUUUUUUAGACAUGGUAAAAGGCACUGAAGUGGAAAAAGAUAAUAUCUGAAAAAGAUUCAUCUGCAGAACUUUACUAGCUUUUCUCUUAAUACAGUGUCACUGUGCUACAAGAGGGUGACUGCUUUCUACUAUUGAGAAUAUGUUUCACGUUAGUUAUUUCUUUUCCUUUCUUUUCAUAUUUAUUCAUCUUUACUCAUCUAUUCAUUUGUUUGGUUGCCUUUUUUCUGUUUUUGUUUUUCUGGCUUAAUUCUAAUAAGCUUGUGGAAAAGCUCUUGGCAUGGCAAGUUAUGCAAUUCCCAACGGACAAGUGAAAGCCUCCUCGGAAUGGGACCCCAACCAUGCCGCCAUUCAGGGAAGACUUCACUACUUACCCCCUCCAGGGAAGCAAGGAGGCUGGUCAGCUAAACACAAUAAUGCCAAUCAAUGGCUUCAAAUUGAUCUGGGUGCGUUGUUCAGAGUGACGGCUGUCGCAACUCAAGGAAGAUCCAACUAUGACCAGUGGGUGACGAAAUACAAGCUACAGUACAGUGAUGAUGGUGCUACCUUUACUUACUACAUGGAGGCAGGGCAGAAUGUAGCCAAGGUGAAACAAACUGCAUGUAUAGAAAUAAAUCACACAAACUUAAUCCUUUCUUUAUUUUGGUCGAAUUUUAUUUGAACAGAGCCUAACUGCCUACCAAGAAUUUUGUUGUCAUCAUGUCUUCUUAGUGUAAAGUAAUGUAUUUCCUUUUCCUGUAUUUUUUAUAUAUAGGAAUUUGUUGCAAACAAAGACCGGAAUACUGUUGUGUAUCAUUCGCUAAAUCCGCCAAAAACGACACAUUUUAUUCGAUUCCGCCCGGUCGCCUGGAAAAGCCACAUAUCAAUGAGGGUAGAGGUGUAUGGGUGUUCAGGUACAGUUUUACAGAAAGGAGUUUACAUUUUCUAUUAUUAACACAUAUUUUUAGCAUAAGCUAUUUCCUUUCUCAUUUGCUUGUGUCUUUGUUUGUUUUUUUGUUUUGGAUCAAUGCUAAUUAGCUUGUGGAGAAGCUCUUGGCAUGGCAAGUUAUGCAAUUCCCAAUGGACAAGUGAAAGCCUCUUCGGAAUGGGACCCCAACCAUGCCGCCAUUCAGGGAAGACUUCACUACUUACCACCUCCAGGGAAGCAAGGAGGCUGGUCAGCUAAACACAAUAAUGCCAAUCAAUGGCUUCAAAUUGAUCUAGGUGCGUUGCUCAAAGUGACGGCUGUCGCAACUCAAGGAAGAUCCAACUAUGACCAGUGGGUGACGAAAUACAAGCUUCAGUACAGUGAUGAUGGUGCUACCUUUACUUACUACAUGGAGGCAGGGCAGAGUGUAGCCAAGGUGAAACAAAACUGCAUGCAUAGAAACACAUCGAAAAAACUUAAUCAUUUUUUAUUUUGGUUGAAUGAUGUAUGAACAGGGCCUAUCUGUCACCGAGAAUUUUGUUGAAUUAUUCCUUUCAGUCAAAUUGUAAAUGAUUGAUGAGGAUUAUUGGUAACGAGAUUGGCGAGUUUGUAAGAAAUCUUCUUGCUUGUAAAAGAGCUUUCGGACCAGUUCUGGUAUUUGCUCAACACAGGCAGAGCCUUAUCAUAUGAAAAAAAAAAACUCGGAAUUAUGGUUUACAAGGGUAAGUUUGGUUUUCGCUGGUUCUUCAAUCAUCUGGUUCUUGCAAUUGUCUCGAAUCUGAAAUUUGCCCGCAGCCUUGCUGUGAAUAAACCUUCAUAUUUGAAGCAGAGGACUCCUUACUCCAGCAUACCCUCUUAGUUAUAAGUGGUGUUUUUUCUUUUUCCUGGAUUUUUCUUAUAGGAGUUUGCUGCAAACAAAGACCGGAGUACCAUUGUGUAUCAUUCACUAAAUCCACCAAAAGUGACACGUUUCAUCCGGUUCCGCCCGGUCGCCUGGAAAAGCCACAUAUCAAUGAGGGUAGAGGUGUAUGGGUGUUCAGGUACAGUUUUACAGAAAGGAGUUUACAUUUUCUAUUACUAACACAUAUUUUUAGCAUAAGCUAUUUCCUUUCUCAUUUGCUUGUGUCUUUGUUUGUUUUUUUGUUUUGGAUCAAUGCUAAUUAGCUUGUGGAGAAGCUCUUGGCAUGGCAAGUUAUGCAAUUCCCAAUGGACAAGUGAAAGCCUCUUCGGAAUGGGACCCCAACCAUGCCGCCAUUCAGGGAAGACUUCACUACUUACCACCUCCAGGGAAGCAAGGAGGCUGGUCAGCUAAACACAAUAAUGCCAAUCAAUGGCUUCAAAUUGAUCUAGGUGCGUUGCUCAAAGUGACGGCUGUCGCAACUCAAGGAAGAUCCAACUAUGACCAGUGGGUGACGAAAUACCAGCUACAGUACAGUGAUGAUGGUGCUACCUUUACUUACUACAUGGAGGCAGGGCAGAGUGUAGCCAAGGUGAAACAAAACUGCAUGCAUAGAAACACAUCGCAAAAACUUAAUUAUUUUUUAUUUGGUUGAAUGAUGUAUGAACAGGGCCUAUCGGUCACCGAGAAUUUUGUUGAAUUAUUCCUUUCAGUCAAAUUGUAAAUGAUUGAUGAGGAUUAUUGGUAACGAGAUUGGCGAGUUUGUGAGAAAUCUUCUUGCUUAUAAAAGAGCUUUCAGACCAGUUCUGGUAUUUGCUCAACACAGGCAGAGCCUUAUCAUAUGAAAUAAAAACUCGGAAUUAUGGUUUACACGGGUAAGUUUGGUUUUCGCUGGUUCUUCAAUCAUCUGGUUCUUGCAAUCGUCUCGAAUCUGAAAUUUGCCCGCAGCCAUGCUGUGAAUAAACCUUCAUAUUUGAAGCAGAGGACUCCUUACUCUAGCAUACCCUCUUAGUCAUAAGUGGUGUUUUUCUUUUUCCUGGAUUUUUCUUAUAGGAGUUUGCUGCAAACAAAGACCGGAGUACCAUUGUGUAUCAUUCACUAAAUCCACCAAAAGUGACACGUUUCAUCCGGUUCCGCCCGGUCGCCUGGAAAAGCCACAUAUCAAUGAGGGUAGAGGUGUAUGGGUGUUCAGGUACAGUUUUACAGAAAGGAGUUUACAUUUUCUAUUACUAACACAUAUUUUUAGCAUAAGCUAUUUCCUUUCUCAUUUGCUUGUGUGUUUGUUUGUUUUUUGCCUCAAUGCUAAUUAGCUUGUGGAGAAGCUCUUGGCAUGGCAAGUUAUGCAAUUCCCAAUGGACAAGUGAAAGCCUCCUCGGAAUGGGACCUCAACCAUGCCGCCAUUCAGGGAAGACUUCACUACUUACCACCUCCAGGGAAGCAAGGAGGCUGGUCAGCUAAACACAAUAAUGCCAAUCAAUGGCUUCAAAUUGAUCUAGGUGCGUUGCUCAAAGUGACGGCUGUCGCAACUCAAGGAAGAUCCAACCAUGACCAGUGGGUGACGAAAUACAAGCUACAGUACAGUGAUGAUGGUGCUACCUUUACUUACUACAUGGAGGCAGGGCAGAGUGUAGCCAAGGUGAAACAAAACUGCAUGCAUAGAAACACAUCGCAAAAACUUAAUCAUUUUUUAUUUUGGUUGAAUGAUGUAUGAACAAGGCCUAUCUGUCACCGAGAAUAUUGUUGAAUUAUACCUUUCAGUCAAAUUGUAAAUGAUUGAUGAGGAUUAGUGGUAACGAUAUUGGCGAGUUUGUAAGAAAUCUUCUUGCUUAUAAAAGAGCUUUCAGACCAGUUCUGGUAUUUGCUCAACACAGGCAGAGCCUUAUCAUAUGAAAAAAAAAACUCGGAAUUAUGGUUUACAAGGUUAAGUUUGGUUUUCGCUGGUUCUUCAAUCAUCUGGUUCUUGCAAUUGUCUCGAAUCUGAAAUUUGCCCGCAGCCAUGCUGUGAAUAAACCUUCAUAUUUGAAGCAGAAGACUCCUUACUCCAGCUUACCCUCCUAGUUAUAAGUGAUGCUUUUCUUUCUCCUGGAUUUUUCUUAUAGGAGUUUGUUGCAAACAAAGACCGAAGUACUGUCGUGUAUCAUUCACUAAAUCCACCAAAACUGACACGUUUUAUCCGGUUCCGCCCGGUCUCCUGGAAAAGCCACAUAUCAAUGAGGGUAGAGGUGUAUGGGUGUUCAGGUACAGUCUUACAGAUGGAAGUUCACAUCUUGCUAAUAGCUUAAUGGCUCUACGGAAGUGUUACCCUCUCUGAAUUGUUUGCAUUUGGAUGUCAAAAGCUGUUAUUUAUGUUGUAACAACAAGGUUGUUUUUGGAGGGGGCAGGGGGAAAUGGAGGGGGAAAACUUAAUUCUUAUAUCCAUGGCGAUUGCAAAACUACAAAUUGCAAACUGAGUUUCGUAACCUAUUAAAAUUAUUCGAGAAACCCCUCAAUUAAGCUUAUAGAAACUUCACUGGUUCAUUUUUACAAAGUUGUUAAAGCUCUUUUCGACAUGUUUCGCUUAGUGUUGUGCUCUAUACAAGUGCCCAUGAUAAGAAUUGAAUAUUUGUAAGUUUUCACUCUAUUCCAUUUACAACUCAUGUCAUUUGAACAAGAACAACAGCCGCGAAAAAUGACACAUUUUAUUUUCAGCUAGAGAUUAUUGUGAACAAAAUCCAUGCAAGAAUGGAGCUACCUGCAGCAAUGUCGAGGAAGGUUAUCAAUGUACUUGUAAACCUGGUUAUUCUGGAGCCCAGUGCGAUCAAGGUGUAGUUCUAUAGAACGUUCAAAGAGUUUUCGCUUUUUAUCUAUACCUAAUAAACUAUUUUAAACUACGUAUACUAAGACAAAUAUUAUCCUAGCUAUUUACUCUUCUUCAAAAUAAAUCACAAUAGUCAAACUAACUAAGGUUAAGGAAACGCUUAAAUUAUAUAUUGCAGAUAUAAACGAAUGCUCCAACAGUCCGUGCAAGAACGGAGCCACCUGCGUCAAUCUUCAGGGAAGUCAUCGCUGUGAUUGUAAAUCUGGAUACGAUGGAAACAAUUGUGAAAAUGGUUAUAAGUCACCUACAUUUUUUAAAUUACUUCUGAGUCUGUUUCUUCAAAUUUACAUUUCUUUUGUUACUCAAGCACUUCGCGGGAAACCUGAAUUGAAAUUUGGAACGUUCUCAAAUGCAAGUCACAAGUCUUUCAUUUAGAGAAUUUCACGCGAAUAUGAAUUCGUUUUUGUGCUUGUGAAAGCCGCCCAAAGACUGGGCCCAGAUUUUAACGUUAAAAGCGCCUAUGUACAGGCAGACAUGACUUUCAUCUCGUGUUUUUCAUAUUUAUUUUUCAUUUUAGUAGCUGUAAUUCAUUUGCAAUCAAAAUUAUUUAGAUAAGUAACUCCAGUAGAUUUGUAAAAAUGUAUCAAAAUAUCUAACUAAACGAUGCACCAAUGAAAACCGACCUGGACGACGCUGUUUUACAGAGUUUAACGGAAGGAACUUUACUCCACUCGGACUACAGCUGUAAAUUGAAUGACUUAAUUUGUUUCCUUGCAGACAUCAAUGAGUGCACUAACAGUCCGUGUCAAAACGGAGCAACGUGUGUAAAUCUACAGGGAAGCUAUCGAUGUGACUGUAAAUCUGGAUAUAAUGGGAACAAGUGCGAGAAUGGUAAAAUAUUCUAUAGAAAUGUUUCUUUUUGAUAAUAACUUAGCAUUAUGGUGGUCUUCUAGGUUAAAGUAGAUCACUUAUGCGCACAUUUAUUCAUAAGUUCUUAAUCAAUUUUCAUCCAAUUUUGUUCCCAUAGUUUUCUUAGGAAGCAACAAAACCUAGGGAGAGGUCGGAGUGAGACAUGUAGAGAAAGCACGUAUUUUGCUAGCUUUUAAGGUGGUAACGCCUUGCUUGCGUUAGUGGUCGUUCAUUAUGAGGUUUACGGUUUUGUGGGCGCAAAGUGAUGAGCGGAGAAGGCACGAAUCUUCCGUUUCAAACCUUUCGCGGCCUUGUUGCUCAUUGUUUUAGAGCACAAAAAACCUUUCUAAAUGCUACCAUGAUACUAAACAUAUUUUUUCAAAAUAUCCAAAAGAAAAUCUUUCGAAAGAUUUAUUGGUUGUCUGAUUAGCGGAUCUAUUAAUGGACUGGACCUACUUAAAUGUAUAUGAAAUUUUGCGGAGAAUGUUGGGGAGAGCUGCAAAAGACCUGGGCCCAGAUUUUUUAACGUCAGAAGCACCUAGGUAGAAUGGAUGCGGGUUUAUCUCUUGUUUUUUCGUUUUUGCUUUUCAUUUUAGUCGCUGCAAUACAUUUACAAACAAAAUAUUGAUAUAAUAAUUUCGACAAUAAUUUUUUUACAGCAUAUUCUACGUUAUAUUUUCUCCUAUUUCAAAAUUAUAAGAAUAAACCAAAAGGAAGAAUUGUUUGAUUUAUAUAUUACAGAUAUAAACGAGUGCUCCAACAACCCGUGCAAGAACGGAGCCACCUGCGUCAACCUUCAGGGAAGUUACCGCUGUGAUUGUAAAUCUGGAUACAAUGGAAACAACUGCGAAAAUGGUAAGAAAUUGUUUAUAAGUUUUCUAGUACUUUUCAGUCUGUUUAUUUAAGGUUCAGACGCUUCACAGGAAGCCUAAGUUUAAAAUUUUGAAUCUUUUUUAAUUGCUUUUCACAUAACGUUCUUUUUGCAAAUUUCACAACCUUAUGAAAAAUUGCGUAGAAUACGUAGGAAAACUGCACGAAAACUGGGCCCAUGAUAUAACGUUAGGAGUGCCUACGUACCCGCACAUACGGGUUUUUCUUGUGUUUUUUUUUCAAUCUUUUUUUCUAUUUUAGUCGCCGUGAUCCAUCUGUAAUCAAAAUAGUAAGAUUAAAACUGAUUGAAUAAAACCGGAAAAGAAGGAACGUUUUAUUUAAAUAUAUAUAGAUAUAAACGAGUGCUCCAACAGCCCGUGCAAGAACGGAGCCACCUGCGUCAACCUUCAGGGAAGUUACCGCUGUGAUUGUAAAUCUGGAUACAAUGGAAACAACUGUGAGAAUGGUUAGAAUUCCUUAUUCAGGAUGGUACUUCUUUUGUUACUUAGACUUUUUUCACAAGACUUUCCUUUGGCAAAUUUCACGCCAAUAUGAAAAUUCGCGUAGAAUAUUGUUAAAACUGCGCAAGGACUACGCCCAGAUUUUAACGUUAGGAGUGUCUAAAUACACGAAGGUAUGGGUUUCAUUUCGUUUGUUUUAUUUUUUUCGUUUUAGUCGCAGUAAUCCAUAUGAAAUCAAAUUAUUUAGAUUAGUAACUCCAACCACUUUGUUAAAAAUAAGAAAAAGACUACUAACUAUUUACCCUCCUUCAAAAUAAAUCACAAUAGUAAAAAAAAUCAAGGCUAAGGAAACACUUUAUGUAUGCUUUACAGAUAUAAAUGAGUGUUCCAACAACCCGUGCAAGAACGGAGCCACCUGCGUCAAUCUUCAAGGAAGUCAUCGCUGUGAUUGUAAAUCUGGAUACAAUGGAAACAACUGUGAAAAUGGUUAUAAGUCACCUACAUUUUUUUAAUUCGUUAGCGCUCCGCAGGAAGCCUGAGUUGAAAUUUGGAAUGUUUUCAAAUAACACGUAUUCCUUUCACUUAGGAAAUUUUACGCUUGUAUGCUUGUGAAAGCCGCCCAAAGACAGGGCCCAGUUGAAAACGUUAGGGGUGCCCAAGAACACGCGGAUAUGGGUUUCAUUUAGCAUUCGUCCUAUCUAUUUUUUUUCAGUUUAGUCACUGUAAUCCAUUUGCAAUCAAAAUAUUAAGAUUAUAACUCCAAUAAAUUUGUAAACCGUGGUAGACGACACUCUUCUACCUGGUUGAACGGAAGGAACUUGACUCAACUCGGACUACAGCUGCAAAUUGAUUGACUUGAUUUGUUUGCUUACAGAUAUUAAUGAGUGCACCAACAGUCCGUGUAAAAACGGAGCAACGUGUGUAAAUCUACAGGGAAGCUAUAGAUGUGAUUGUAAAUCUGGAUAUAAUGGGAAUAACUGUGAGACUGGUAAGUAAUGUUUCCUUCUGAACUACUUUGCUGUGUUUACUUUUAUCGUAUUUUGUUGUUGAUGUUGUUUUAUGCCCUUGUGGACGGCCUCACUGAAGCAAUGGAACCAUCUGUGUGAAUCUUCAAGAAAGUAAUCCCUGUGACUGUAAAUCUGGUAACAAAGGAAACGACAAAUACACUGACGUAAAAUUCAAUUUGAAUAAGGUGUUUUUUUUAUUUGUUAGUGUCCUCGUUACCUUUGUUAACUUUCUUUUGUUUCUGCUGUAGUUGUUGUUGUUGUUAUUGGUGUUGUAGUUGUUAUUGUUGUUGAUGUAGUCGUUGUUAUUGCUGUAUUAUUUACGGAUUGUUCAAAGGUAAGGAGAAAAGGGUCCAAUUUUUUCAUAUAGAUUAGUUCCAAGUCCAAAUUUUUUUUUAUUUCAAAAUGAUUAGGGAAAAACAAAAAGAAGAAACGUUUGAUUUAUAUAUUACAGAUAUAAACGAGUGCUCCAACAACCCGUGCAAGAACGGAGCCACCUGCGUCAACCUUCAGGGAAGUCAUCGCUGUGAUUGUAAAUCUGGAUACGAUGGAAACAACUGCGAAAAUGGUAAGAAAUUGUUUAUAAGUUUUCUAGUACUUCUGUCUGUUUAUCGAAGGUUGUAUUUAUUUUGUUACUCAGACGCUUCACAGGGAGCCAAAGUUGAAAAUUUUGAAUCUUUUUAAAUGCUAUUCACAUGACGUUCUUUGUGAAAAUUUCACGCACAAAUGAAAAUUUGUGUAGAAUACGCUGGAAAACUGCACGAAAACUGGGCCCAUAUUAUAACGUUCAGAGUGCCUAAGUACACGCAAAUGUGGUUUUUUCCUGGGGUGUUUUUUUCUCUAUCUUUUUUUCUAUUUUAGUCGCCGUAAUCCAUCUGCAAUCAAAAUAAUAAUAAGUUUCAAAAAUAAUUAAAUGAAACCGAAAAGAGGGAACGUUUUAUUUAAACAUUACAGAUAUCAACGAGUGCUCCAACAGCCCGUGCAAGAACGGAGCCACCUGUGUCAAUCUUGAGGGAAGUUACCGCUGUGAUUGUAAAUCUGGAUACGAUGGAAACAACUGUGAAAAUGGUAACAUAUCCCUUAGACUUGUGUUUUGUUUUUUUAGUAGGCAAUCUGUCUACUUAAAGUAGAUCACUUAUCUGCAUUUUUGUUCAUAGGUUUUUAGUCAGACUUUUACCAAUAUCCUUCUUCCGAAAAACUAGAUGGUCUUUCUCGUAGGGUUUUACUUGAAAGGCAUUGAAAACAACAGAAAUAAAGCAUAGGCAGUGAGCCUUUUAACAAAUGACCAAAACGUUUGAAAUCCGAUAGUGACGCCAUUUUUUUUUGUUUGUUGGUACACUAAUUCACUUACCACUGCGACCUUAAUUCAUCGUGAAAAUUGAGAUUUACUACGAAAUAAUUUUAUUUAGUGUUGACAUAAAUUUAAUUCGUGUUUUGCAGAUGUCAACGAAUGCACAAACAACCCCUGCAAAAAUGGAGCUACUUGUGUCAAUCUUUCAGGAGGUCAUCGCUGUGACUGCGCAAAAGGUUAUUCAGGGAGUUCUUGCGAAACAGGUGAACAUAACACAUGGACAAAUUGAAAAUGACAUUUGGAAAAAUUCAUUGAACGAGUAACUGGGGGUCGAUACAAAUAACUUAUCAAUCGAGCCUUUUUUCUUUCUUACAUGUGAAGUCACACCCUAUAUGAUUUCGACUUUGCGUAUACCGCUAUUAGUAUACAACUGAUCCGUUAAUUUUUGUUCUCAUGGUUUUCUUAGGAAGCAGUAGAACCUUAGAAUGAGGUGGAAUGAGAUGAUAUUUUGGUUUAGAAAUUCUCAAGGUUAUUUAGGGCUUUUAAGGGGAAAAAAAAGUAUCUUGCUGCUUUUUAAUAGCCAUGAUACCUGGCUUGCGGAGCUAGUGGUUCCGUGUGCGCUUCAUAGUUUUGUGGCCGCAAAGUGAUGACCGGAGAAGGCACGAAUCCUUCUUUUUAAGCCUUUUGUGGCUGUGCUGCGCAUGCUUUGGUGCACGCAAAACCUCUAUUAAUGCUACCAUGGUUCAUAAUAUUUUUUUAAAGAAAUCUUCCAAAGGAUUUUUUAAUUGUCCGGGAAGCGUAUAUAUUAAAGGACUGGACUAAAUUUGAGCAGGUGACAUCACGUCUUGGAUAAUUUUGACGGUUCACAUUAAACCCAUUUACAGGAGAGAAAUUUUAUUUAACUAACUUUAAAUGUAAGGCCAUUUUGUGGAUUUAUAGCUAUCAACUACUGUGCUCCGGAUCCUUGUUUGAACGGUGGUACGUGUGUUGAUCUUGUUGAUGGCUUCCGUUGUGAUUGCGCGGCCGGAUGGCUUGGUAUUACUUGCGAUGGUGAGUCGUCCUUUAAUCAUGGAUCGUUUUCACAAGAUAUCUCGGCAACCAUGUUGGUGAACUAAGUCGGUUCCGAGGGAAUUGAACGCUUUGCUGAUGUAAAUUCACAAAGUACAUUUUUACAACUUUAGAUAUUAAUCAUUGUUAUCAGAUGGCGAACAUGGCUCACUUAUUGAUUUAAAAAAGUAGCUCUGAGUGCCUUUCAUUCACGUUUUCAAAUGAUCUACAAAACACAUGGGUUAAAUUGAAAAAAGGAACAAUCAUAUGAAAUUUAGCGAACCAACAAAAUCAGAGAGCAUAUUUGAACCUUUGGCUGGCAGGUAGUUGUUUAGGUAUUAGAGCACCUUGUUAAAGUCUAAUAUUCCAUUUAUCUUCUGUGUAUUUCUAGAACCAGAGGUGGACGAGUGCGAGGAAUAAGCCGAAAGGAAAUAGAGGAUGCAUCGAUCUCAAUCAAAACUUUUGUUAGACAAGCAGGAACAAUUUGCACUGUAACACAUAGGCAGAAGAAUAAAGUUUAAUUCUGGAAUGUUGUACAGUUAUGUUAACUUAAACAUACGAAAUAUUUAUAAACUUGUUUUGUUUUGUUUUGUUUUUAAAGCAUUGUAUUGUUAAUUUAACCGCGGCUAUAAAGGAGUAAAAAGAAAACUCUGAACCUGACCUUUAAAACUGUGGUAAUUUAGUAUUAACAACUGAGUUGAUAACAAAAAUGGCCACCCUAAAGAGUUAAAAAGCUGACAUUUCGAGCGUUAGCCCUUCGUCAGAGCGAUUGAAAAAGGACUAACGCUCGAAACGUCAGCUUUUAAACUCUUUACGGUGGCCAUUUUACGUUAUCAACUCAGUUGAUAAUACUUAUUCACCCUGUUAUACUCUCCCACCGACACGACACCAGAGUUUCCAUAAAAACUUGCCUCCCUUAAAAAUGUGGUUUUUACUGCAUUAUUCGACUUCACCCGGAGAGUGGGAUCUGGAAAAUUGGCACGUCAGUACCAAAUACAAGAUGAAUGCAUCAGGCCCAACUUUUUGUGUAUUUUUUUUAUCUUAAAUAUUUGAUUUUUAUCUCUUUCUACCAUUCCGGAAAGCUUAUGGGAUAAACAGAGAAUCUAACUUCGGCUGGAAACUCAAAGUUCCUUUAUCGAGGACUCGACUCAGGAUUCGUGUCAUAGCGCUGUAUUAAAAUCACUGCGUUUCGGUUCGUUUAGCACCUGACCAAACUGAGAAUUUCUCACGUCUGUUUUUACACUUGACAUUAAAAAAGAAAAAAGAAAACCAACAGAAAAAAAAACGACGAUUUAUCAGAUAUUUAUGACCAAUUAAGGUUACUGAAAUGAAUUCCAACUAAAGUAUCAUAAAACGAAUGUUAAAAUCGUCCUAAAAUGAAACUACUGCCGACUUCUAAUCAUAUUAUAAAUUCUGAAAAGUGUCUUGUAUCUACGGCAUAUCUUAAAUCAAUCAAUGGUUUCUUUAAUUUUUACCGUUUUUUUUUUUUUGCUUAUUUUGAUUUUUUUAUUUUUAACUUUGUAUAUAAACCACUUAGAACCCAUGAUUCCUCGAUUCAUUCAGACGAGGGGCUAACGCUCGAAACUUCAACUUUAGAAUCUCUUGAAGAUGGCCAAUUUUCACCAUCCAUCUAGUUAAUAAAACCAAACGAAUCUUUUUGGUUUUUAUUGAGUAUUAAAAAAAAACAAUGACUUCAGACAUCGAAAAAAUGUUUGUAGAUCUAUGUCACAGCGUUAAGUGUUAUUAGAACGUGAUAAUAUGUAGUGUGGGAGUUUAAAUUUUGUUUGUACUGCUUGAAACGUGUGUUUUUUCUUUAGGACUUCCCGUCAAUUUCUUGUCAUUGACAUGUUUCCAUAUAUUUUCUGUCAAAGUGAAAUUCUGCUUUCGUUGCCUUUUUUCAAAAAUGUUGCUGUAGUUGCUGUUUAGAUUCUUCGAUUACACAUGCUGCAACAUUAUUCUGAUUUCCUUUUUUUUGUUUCAUGAGUAGUUCAAUACAAUUGAUAUUGAAAAAUGAAUACGAAAUAAUAAUAACCAAAUGUGUGACUGAGAAAGACAACAAGGUGAGAAAAGGAAUGAUGUACUAAACAUGCAUAGAGAAGUGUCAGAAAAGAUGCAUUACAAAUUAUUAUUGACUAACAAUUGAACUAAUUACAUGUAUUUUUGCAGCGUUCUCAGCACAUUAUCCAUUUUGAACUAUGGUAUAUUCUUCUUUAGAAGAGUUCUCGAGAUUAUAGACAGAGGAUGAACAUUAUUCUUUUCAAGUCUCUCAAAGUCGUAAGAAUUUCUUCUACAAAACUUGUCAUUGAUUUGAAUUAGUUCAAGUUCAGAAAUGAAGUUUGAUGAUAUAACAAAUAUUAGCGCAGCUUGGCGACGAAGCUUUGAGGCUGUACUGUUUUAAUGAAAGCAAGGAUGGAGGAAACAAACCUAAUUAAAUAAAAUUAUAAACUGUGAAAUAAAUUGUCCGCGAAAUCGAAUAUUAUUUUGUCAAAAGCGAAAAGAAAUAAACUUAGAGAGAAUUUCUUUUAGCCGCCUAUUUCAGAUCAAAAGUAUAUACUUGAAUUCGUGGUUUCGCAUCUUAAGAAACAUGAUUUAGUACUGAUUUGAUGAAAGUUAAUUAGGUACUAAAGCGUUAAUGUUGAUUCAACUGUUCAUUGCUUACAUGAUACAACACGCAUAUCUAUGAAAAAACAUAAAUUACAAAUUGAGGUAACGAGAUCUUGGGUUUAACUUUACACAGUUUUUAGAAAGGUCAGAAACCAUUCUUUGUUCGCCCUACUACCCUAACAUACGCAGGAUAGAAAAAAAAAAGAACGAAAGGUAGGUAAUUCGAUCCCAGGUAAAGUUACUCCAAAUAUUUGCGGGUCAACCUUGAUCGAAAUACGUUUCCUCAAAAAUAAGUUAAAAUCUUAGGAUGUGCGUGGAUUAUUGAUAAAAUACAUUUUCAUAAAUAAUAGAUGUGAUGUUCACUGUGAAGCGUAAAUUCCCUUGCUACCUUUUCGUGGCAAACAGCCAACACAACUUUUACUAUCUAAACGUUUUAGUGCGGUAUCAAUUUUUCAUCAGGAUCCAGACCUUUUUUUUCGACUUUAAAAAAUAUACUGUAUCUUAUAGCGGGAAAGAUCAAGAAAUGUUCAAUCGUUUUUCUUAAAUUGGAAAACAUCAAGUGUCUAUGGUCAGAAUUUCUUCUCGAAUGGAUAGUCGAAAUCGAGGCUUCGAAAAGGAACUCGUGCAAUAAAUGUUGUGACCAUCGUUUCGCAAAAUGGUAUUAGCGUAUAAAAAAAGGCACGCUUGUUACUAGGUGUUAGCACGAUUAUAUUAAUUCUUGGAAGGUUUCGUGUGUUGCUGAAAACCAUGAAUGAUUGCUAACCUGUGAGAUGUUAAUUUUUAGAGCCCGGUUUUUGCGCUGUUACUUUUUUUAUUCUAUUUCAAUUUUUCAAUUUUUUUUGUAAUAAGAAUUAGAUAAUCAGUUCCCUACGCAUUGUUUGAUGAGUUUUGGCGGAAUAUAUUUAACGGCCAUGGCAACGAUAUAUGACGUCAUAAGUAACCAAGUAACCGGAAGCCGAGACCUACCUUCAUAUAAUUCCCCUGGUUGCAAUUUACUUAAUAUUAAAAAAAAUCAAUUCGAUUACGUCAACCCCACCAACUUGAAGGGUACGAAGUUGGCCUCAUGUCCCAGCCAUAGUAUGCCUGGUAAGCCUGGUCUUGUGCAGCCCAUCCCACUUUUUUCAUACCUAUGUGUGUGGGUUGGUAUGAAAAGGUCUUAUUUUACCGACCUAUUCCACAGAUACGGUGAACUUCAUAAUGAAGAAGUUUUUACUGUUUUCCAUGGCCACCCUAAUGAUGAUGGAUCAGUGCUGGAGCCAGUGCAGAACAGCAAACUGGUGGGGUUCGUUUGACAAAGAGGGAUGGUCCAAGUGUGGAUCUUCUGUUGAAUACCUGAAAGGGUUUUAUAGAAAUAACAAGAACAACAACGACCCAAUUUCUUUGCUUGAAGAAGGAAGAUGCUGUAAGGCACCUCCACCCAAUCAAAACCAAGCGUCUACUUGUAAAAAUGCAAACUGGUGGGGAGUACUGGACAAGUGAGUAUCUUCUUACAUAGAUUACUUUGCCAAUACCACUUUCAGCAGCUACUUGUUCAUUUCUCGCCCACCAUCUGAUAAACACUAUUCAGCAUCGGUGGUCCCUGAUAAGAAAAUGAGACGGGUGAUGUAAAAAUUGAGGUUAACAUAAAUAUUUGCAUUUUUCAUCUAUAUCAAUCUGUAUUUUUCGCCGUCGAUGAGGUUGUGUUAAAACUUGGGGAAGUACAAUGUAAGUAUCUCAUCCAAUUUCUUCUGACGGUUUCAGGGUAUUUUGAAAAGAAAAGUUACUCCCUUUCAUCCCAUGAACGCAGAUGACGUUGGCCCCACAUGUUCAUCCUAAGGUUCCUAAAUUGUUUUAAUCUUUUAAAGACACGUGUGGUACAUGAGAGUAACUUUCCACGUUAUUCGAAGAUUAAAGUUUUUCUUUUACGAGAGAAAAUUUUCCUAUAUUUUCAUCUCUAGGACUAAUCGUUGGGCCUUUUGUCCAACUGGAUAUUUUUUGCAAGGGUUGUACCGCUCCAAAAACCACAACAUUCACAACAUAGAGGAAGGCCAUUGCUGUAAGCCCAACAACUUGCCAAGUAGCUACCUGCGCUGUUAUGAACAUGACAUCUCCUCAUCAUUUGAUAACAAAGGCUGGAGUGAGUGUGAUAGCGAUCAUUACUUGACAGGCGUUUACAGAGGAGGCUGUGACAAGUUGCAAUGUAUCGAAAAAAUCAAAUGCUGCAUGAUGCCGGAUAGCUGCAAGAUGGCAAACUGGUGGAAAGCUUUUGACAAAAAAGGCUGGGUCCAAUGUGAUUCAUCAAAGCACUACAUCACUGGGCUAUAUCGGAAUAAUAACAGGGGCAAAAAUGAUAAGAUCUUCCUACUAGAAGAAGCGAAGUGCUGCCCAGCUCCCCCUCCAUAUCAAAACACGGGAUCGACUUGCAGAGAUGCCAAUUGGUGGGGUGUUCUCGAUAAGUAAGUUAUCAAUAAUACAUCAAACAAUCAGUUAAAGUUUAUUUUCUUAUUAUUUUGUCUUUUUCCUCCCACAAUAUAUACAUCGCUCUACUCCUAUGUAUUGAGCACUGUUUUACGAAAGUCAAAAUUUUACACUUUAUAUAUAUAUAUAUAUAUAUGUUUGCAAUAACACAAAUAUGGAUUCGUUAUAAAGGAAUAAACUUUCCUCUUAAUUUUCCUUUUAUAAGAACAAACUCCUGGGCUGUGUGUCCUGCUGGCUAUUUCGUGAGAGGCUUUUACCGAAAUAACGGUGCUUGGUUGCAUCACUUAGAGAUGGGCAAAUGUUGUAAGCCCAAUGGUUUUCCAGAUAGAUAUGAAAACUGCUACAACGAGAAUGUCAAGACCUCUUUUGACAAUAAAGGCCUUAGCAAGUGUCAGAGAGAAGGUUACUAUUUGGCCGGAAUUUUCAGAGGAGGAUGUGACUAUCUGUACUGUAUCGAAUAUUUCAAAUGCUGUAAGAUGAAUGUGGGUGAGUAAAAGAUUCUUGUGAAUAAGUUAUUCUUGUUGAUCAGUUUAUCAGCUCAAAAUGUACACUGUACACUGUAUCUUUCCUCGUGCAAAAAUACGAAAGCUUGUAAAAAGAGAAACGAAUUCUUGCUCGAUGAAGCAACAACCACAACAACAACAACAACAACAACAACAACAACAAUAAUAACAAUAUGAUACCUCAGUACUUAAAAAUUGUUUGCUUUUGCUUCCACAUAUACGGGUAGAUGAGUGUAGAACCAAGAAUCCCUGUCAAAACGGUGCGGCUUGUUCCGAUCAACCAGGGACGUACAAGUGUACCUGUAAAUCUGGAUUUACAGGGAAGAACUGCCAAAGUGGUAAGAGAAGUUCCCAAACGACUAGAAGUUAUUCCAACACAUAAUAGCACGGUGAUCAUUUAAAGUAUCUUAAAAGCUGGGAAAGUCCAGUUAGGUCAUCGGGUGGCGACGUAAGGAUUCUAUACGAAAAUAAUCUAUACAAAUGGUAAAGUUAGCUUAAGCUUUAUUUUUUUAUUAUGAAGAAUUAAAAGCGAAAUCAACAAUUUUUAAAAAAGCCAUUUAAACUCGAUAACGCGGUUGCAAGACAGCUUCUUAUCCCCAUAACAGAUCAUUUUGCGGCACAUUUUUUGCCAAAGCCUUUAUGGAGUAAAGCUGACCUUUUGCUCUAAUUAGGUGUGGGGGACAGAAUAUAACUGAAAGAAACAUUAUCUUGCAGACAUAAAUGAAUGCUCGAAAAGUCCAUGCAAAAAUGGAGCUAAAUGUGUCAAUCUUAAAGGAAGUUAUCGUUGUGACUGCAAAUCUGGAUACACUGGAAACCACUGCGAGUCAGGUAUAAAAAUGAUUUGUGCAAUGUAUGUUAUUGCCGCCCUCAUCUUGGAGAAGUAGGUAGAUUGAAAAUUGUAUCUGAUUUCUGAGUCUAAUAUUAUCACAGAUAAAAACGAGUGCAGUACAAGCCCGUGCAAAAAUGGAGCCACCUGUGUCAAUCUUCAAGGAAGUUAUCGCUGUGAUUGCAAAUCUGGAUACACUGGAAACAACUGUGAGACAGGUAUUGAUUUGUUUCAAACUUAAAGUUAAAUGAUUCAUUAAAUGACGCGUAUUACAUUGGUCUUGGUUUUUUUAAGUUUGUUUAGAGACAUUGAGAAUUUUUGUUGAGGCGCAUUAAAGCGUACGGAGUUGCUUCUUACUACAGGGUUGCGUGACAAAUAGAAAAGUCAGAAUUUAUUAAAAUCCAAAAGGGAAGUUUUUGCCUUGCAGGGUGGGCUGAACGUGUAUAAUUUUGAAAAUAACCAAUCUCAUAUUUUUCUCUUUUGUUGCUAUUUUAUAUUACAGAUGUUAAUGAGUGCAGUAACAAUCCAUGUAAAAACGGGGCUACAUGUGUUAAUCUUCAGGGAGGUCAUCGUUGUGAUUGUAAAAGUGGAUAUACGGGAAACAGUUGCGAAUCAGGUAAACUUGGAUGCAUUUCAUUGCUAAAAUGUUCCUCUUUGUUCGUGUUACUGAAGUAAAACAAAAUUUUUAUUGAAAAUCAGUUCAAAAAUACUUUUGUGGCAGUUGACGCCUGUCAAUAAUUUUUGGUUUAUUCUUAUUUUUCAAACAGAUAUAAACGAGUGCUCCAAUAGUCCAUGUAAGAACGGAGCCACAUGCGUCAAUCUCCAGGGAAGCUAUCGCUGUGAUUGUAAGACUGGGUAUACUGGAAACAACUGUGAGACAGGUAUUGAAUUGUUUGAAACUUUAAGUUAAAUGACUCAUCAAAUAACUCGUAUUACAUAGGUCUUGGUUUUGUUGUUGUUGCUGUUUUUUUUUUUUUUUAGAGACGAUGAUAAUUUUUGUUAGGGCGAAUUGAAGCGUAAGGAGUUGCUCCUUUCUCCCGGGUUGCGUGACAAAUAGAAAAGUCAGAAUUUAUUAAAAUCCAAAAGGGAAUUUUUUUUGCCUUACAGGGUGGGCUGAACGUGUGUAAUUUUGAAGAAUAACCACCUCAUAUUUUUCUCUUAUCUUGUGAUUUUAUCUUACAGAUGUUAAUGAGUGCAGUAACAAUCCAUGUAAAAACGGGGCUACAUGCGUUAAUCUUCAGGGAGGUCAUCGUUGUGAUUGUAAAAGCGGAUAUACAGGAAGCAGUUGCGAAUCAGGUAAACUUGGAUGCAUUUCAUUGCUGAAAUAUUCCCCCUUGUUCGUGUUGCUGAAGUAAAGCAAAAUUAUCAUUUAAAAUCAUUUCAAAAAGACUUGUGUGGCAGUUGACGCCUGUCAAUAAUUUUUGGUUUAUUCUUAUUUUUCAAACAGAUAUCAACGAGUGCUCAAAUAGUCCAUGUAAGAACGGAGCCACAUGUGUCAACCUCCAGGGAAGCUAUCGCUGUGAUUGUAAGACUGGAUACACUGGAAACAACUGUGAGACAGGUAUUGAUUUGUUUGAAACUUAAAAUUAAAUGAAUCAUUAAAUAACACGUAUUACAUUUGAUUUUUUUGUUUGUUCAGAAACAUUGGGAAUUUUUGUUGGGGUGAAUUAAAGCGUACGGAGUUGCUUCUUACUCCCGUGUUGCGUGACAAAUAGAAAAAGCACAAUUAGCUAAUUUUGCCUCCUAAGGUGGGCUGAAUGUGUGUAAAUUUGAAGAAUAACCAAUCUUAUAUUAUUCUCUUUUCUUGUGAUUUUAUCUUACAGAUGUUAAUGAGUGCAGUAACAAUCCAUGUAAGAACGGGGCUACAUGUGUUAAUAUUCAGGGCGGUCAUCGUUGUGAUUGUAAAAGUGGAUAUACAGGAAGCAGUUGCGAAUCAGGUAAACUUGGAGGCAUUUCAUUGCUAAAAUGUUCCUUUGUAUUCGUGUUACUCAUUUGACAUUAGAUUUCAUCAUCAAGGUUUAUGUGAUAACUGAAGCCUCAACCUCGCUGUGUUCUAUUGUAAAGUACGCAGGAAGCGGUUAGAGCAGAAAGAAAGGGAAACACAUGACAUUGCUUACUGGAAAGAAAAAAGAAAUUAAGACAGUGCCUAAAAAGGAACUUCUGUGUGAAUCGCCGCGAUUUUAUAUGUGGAUACACAGGAAACAACUUUUAAAGCGGUUUUCAAUUAUUGUAUUUUGAACCCUUUUGCUUCAAAUACAUUAUUCGACGAGCUGAAGAGGGUUAUGUUUAAAGCAACCUUAAAUGUGGGGAUUGGAUUCGAUAUUAAAUGUACUGACUAUUAUUUUCAGACAUUGAUGAAUUUUCCAACAAUCCAUGCCAAAAUGGAGCUCUCUGUGCCAACCUUCAUAAUCAACGAAUAUGUAGUGAAUACCUUUCAAUCGGAGUUUGCAAUAUACCGUGUACAAUGAGUUUAAUACAACCCAUUCUACUUACUGUAACUUGUGAUUCUUUGCAUCAGUAUAGCUUAAUAGUAAGGCAUAAUCAAAGGCCAUUUUCCUCUUAUAUCAAACUUGUCUAUUCCACUGUUAUCGAUGGAGUACUCACUUACUAUCCUUUGCAAAAAUGAAAUUUCCAGAAAUCAACGAGUGUGCACCGGCACCAUGCCAAAAUGGAGGUACAUGCGUUGAUCUCGUUGGAAGCUUCCGCUGUGAUUGCCCGGCGGAGUUCGAGGGAGCAAACUGCGAAAACGCAGCAGGUACUGAUUACCUUUAUCAAUAA